AUGGAGCGCGGAGUCCCCUCCUCGCCGACGCGGAUGCCGAUGCCGACGUCCAGUACCGGGAGCUCCUCCGUCCGCAAGUCCUCCGCCUACCGACUCUUCCCCAUCCUCGAGCCCACGCCGCCUCCCACUCCCGUCACGCUGCAGAAGCCCACCCUCACCAAGCCGGCCGCACCUGCUCUCACUCGCAUCCCCUCGGACCUGCCACUUGUCCCGGUCGCGGUCGAAGAGAGAUCAUUGCCCCCGCUGCUGCAAUCGCGCUCGAGAACUCGACCCAACCUCACCAUCAGAGUCGACAGAGAUGGCCGACAAGACCAUGACGACCAUCACAACGACCUCCAGCUGCCUCCUCCACCGCCUCCCAUCGCCCCGCCACCGCCACCGCCACCGCCACCACCUCCACCUCCACCUCCACCCCGCUCCCCCUCUCGAGAUCUCGACCAUGUAGCACAAUCGCCUCCUGCUCUACCCAAGAGGGACUCUCACUCUCCUCUCAAGUCCAGACUCGCCUCCGACUUGUCUCGCACGCCAAACGACCAAAGUGUCGCAUUUCACCAGUCCCAUGUGCCUCUCAGUGCAGGUCUCAAAGUGAUGCCCCCCCGGCCCCCGCCCAAGGACCUCUUGGAAGAGCCGCUCCCGCCUGAACCUCAAACGUCCUUGGAUCUCCCUGCGUCCCAGACCAGCGCAUCGAACUCGACGCCUUUCUCCAGCGAUGUUAGGAGAAAUCCAGGCACGACUUCGUCCACUGGUAGCGUCUCUCCACACAGCCAGCGGAUGGCGCUGGUCAGUUCAAGAUCAACCGAACAAUUAAGCCAGCCGCCGCGCACUUCACUCAGAAGCAUGCUAUUUUCCGGAUCCAGAGGGAGGACUACGCCGGAGCCUCAAGUGGUGGGAGAUCGCCUGGCCAGCCCAGAGACAGUACGGCCGACCCCUAAAGCAGACUGGGAAGACCUUCACGAUCCCACAUCACACUAUCCCCGUCGGGUCAUCACACCAGAACCGUCUCUUGGUCAUGCUGAUCAGGGUCGACUUUCAGCGCCUCCGGACGUUGCUCGGCCUGCCUCUGCGCACUCCAGCUACGCCGACCCCGCAAGAUCUGGCAAUCGGCAGUCUCGUAUCACUCUGGGAUCCGCGGCAGCGAGCAUGGGGCUUCCACCCAGCGCUGCACUCGCUGCUGCCCGAGCCAACGUUGCGGCGCUACGGAACUCAGCCUCGUCCAUCGGCAGUUCCGCCGGAACAGAGCGAAGCAGCAGAUUAUCCGGUCCCGAUCUACCGGGCCUCAGACGUGUGCGGUCCGAUUUCCUGCUUCGACGGUCAUCUAGUCCCGGUCAGCAAGACGCGAUCGACGCUCUGAAGGAGCUUAGCGAAGAAUACGAGUCCCUGCACGCUCGCUAUGCCAUGCUGCGAGCCGAACGACAAAAGCUCAGCGGUAGCAUUAUAGCCACCCUCAGAGAUGAAGCGCCCAGUGCAGAACAAGCCAACAUGCUGCUUGAUGGUCAACUAUCUCUCGCGGCCGUGACCUCUUCCAUGGACAUCUGUUUUGCCAAGCUGAAGUCUCUGGAUUGUAGAAGGGAAGAUGCGAUCGCGCAACUGAUUGCGAAGACCACGCAGAGCCAGAGAUCGCCACCUGACAACAUAGCGGCUAUGAUUGCUUCAAUGGCAGUCCCGCGCAAGACAUCCAUGGCACUGUCGCUCACCGGCCGCUCGACGCCAGAGAUGUGCGAUAAUAACAGCGUCAAUCGCUUGACGCAGUUCAGUAUGAGGACGGUUUCGUGCGGCAGUGAGCCUGAAAGCUUGGACUAUCGGUACUCCUCCCCGUCACGUAAAUACUCCUAUGGCAGUGACAUUGUUCUUCGUCCCGACAGCUUGGAACGAGCGGCACCCGAGACCAUCCCCGAAGUUGUGGAAAGUCCGCGAUCCAAGGAUUGGCAGCGCUCCAAUGGCGAGCAUCUUCCAGCAUUGGGCAACGGGAAGCACAUGGCGGAUUCCAUUCCAGAGGCUUCUUCUGACAGGCCGCAAGACGUCACCACCGACGUGAAGCGAGCAUCUGAGGCGGAUGCGGAAGUAGACCUGGAGGUCAUUGACCAUUAUGCAAAAAGGAUACAUGUGACUAGCAAAAAAGCAGCGAAGAUUCUUGGACUCCUGGCGGAAAGUGCGAACAGCUCGUCAGUUCCCCCAGCAAAUAGCGGGGAAGAGAACGAGCUGGCCACGUCCAACAAGCAGACCCAGGUUGACAAUGGCCUCCUCUCUGCUACCAAAGCUGACGAUGACAUUGCGGCUUCUUUGGACCCUUUCCGCCUCGAUGAUUCUGGAUUCGAUUCCGAGCAGCUGGCUUCAUCUGACGUACACGAUCUCGAAGACCAACUCAAGUACUUUCCGAAGCCCAAUGCACCGCUGGAGCCCACACCGGAUCAUCGCAGAGAUACGGGUGGCUCGUUCUUGACGAACGGGUCCUCCGCCGACUCCUUGUCGGAACCGGAGUCGGUCUCACCACGCCGACGAGGCACCAAGAAGGCAGCCUCAGAUGCGGUGCGGAAAGAGGAUCCUUCGGCUCACACCGUUCACGUUCAUCUGGACCACAAUGUUCACCACGAGGAAGUUUUGGAAUACUACCGGGAGCUACGACACGACCUCGACUCUCAUCACUCUUAA